AUGUUGUCCUUCCUGGUGGGCCUCUUCUCUGUCUUCAACACCGUCCAGUUCAUCAUCUUUGACCUGAACCAGAUGACAUACAUCGGCUACCAAGACAAGUACAACAUCUACAAGACCACCGACUCCCAGCUGGGCUCUUGGGUCAUGAGAAACAGGCGGGUCAUCAACAUGGUCCUGUCCUUGGUCACUCUGGGCGUCAGCUGCUUCCUCCUCUACUGCCUCCACAACAACACCUACACCGGGCUGCCCAUCUACGCCGUGUGGAUCGUCGCCUACGAGUGCAUCCACCUCUCCAUCGCCCUGUUCAUCCACCGGAUCAUCAAAAAACAGUUCAGGGAGCUGAGCCACUUGUACUUGAUCUUUCAAGUCUCGAGAAUGUUCCUGCACUUCUUGGGUCUGCCCUGCCUUGCCAAGCAUGGCUAUUCUGUCUACAAGGACUCCUCCAUCUCGGGCAAGUUAAGCCGCCGCAGGCGCUCCUCGGUCAGCACCAUGGACUCGUGGUCCCCGGUCGGACCGGGAAUGCUGUACCGCAAGUCAAACUAA